AUGCAAAAGCCUGCACCUCAGAGAGCCCAAGAGCCUCCAAAGAACUUUGAAGAAUUCUUAAAGGCUCAAAACUGGGAUUGUUGGCCCAGGGAUGUUCGUUUUAGAGAUAGUGAUAUAUGGGAAGAUGCUCUGAAAAAACUGGAAGAGGAUGCUUCAUUUGCUUCAAUUUAUUCUUAUCUAUGGACUAAUGUUCCUCGAAUAUUUGAAACUGUUAGCACCAUGGAGUCAAGAUUAAAAGAAUGUUCACUUCUUUUACAAAAGCAUUCCUCUAAUUUAUUUGAAUGUAACAGAAUGAUCUCCAAGAAAAGUUCACAUCCAAAUCUGGAAAGAUACAAGGCAUUUUUAAAGGAGCACUGUAGGCGGAGGAAGAUAAUGCUUUCAGAUGAAAUGGAGACAGAGAAGAAUAUAGAGGGUUGCAACUUCUCAGGAUACAAACCAAGUGAACUAACUCAAUUACCCAGACAUUUGGAUGCUAAACAGAUUUAUCUGUUUGUUUUAAGAAACAAUAACUUUGAGGAAAAGUUAUUUAAAGUCUGGAGAACCCAUAUUCUCUCAGACUCUUCCAUUGCUCUUUUGCAUGACUGUUUUUGGUGGUGGUUUCUCCAUAAAUUCAAGCCUGACAAAAGAGAUCAAGAUUGCUUGUUUGACAGAAUCUCAGAAAGUUAUGUAACUCUUUUCAUGAGAAUACCUCAUAAGAAAAAGGAUGCAUUCUUUCAGGUGUAUCCAGAUUUUUUGGCACAAGCUAUCUAUGCAGCAUUCCAGGAAUCAUUUCCAGAAUCUAGUAACCUCUUCAAUAAUGAGUUUAAAGAAGAUCUAGGAAAUACUAUUUUUCUGUGGUUGUCAGGUCUAAAGCCUCAGGCCGGCUUUUGGACCCACUGGAGACUAAAAGAACUCUGCACAACCACCAUACAUGGCAGCAGGCGAGCACCGUUGAAAUCAGUGAAAAAGAGGCUCAUUUCCAGCCAGGAGCGCAUAGCAGCCACUAUUGACUUCAACAUGGCGAAUAUUUUAAAGAACCCAAAAGCACACACCAUGUCUGCACUCAAGGAGGAGUCAUCAGUGUCAAAAGUUACGACAAAGUCCCACUACAGAAGCUUGGGUCCAGAGUUUCACCAAGUUCUCUUUGAUUUUAGAGGUCAGAGCCCGCUAAUUUUGUACUAUCUUAAAAUGCAAGAAAUAGGUGGUAUUUCCAUCACUCAUAAGCAAAUGGGAAGUAAAUUCACCAAGAUACUCCGAGAGCCCAGCACACCGCCUGCUCCAACAUACUGUGAGAUCAUCAAGGAGGCCAAAAGGAAAUUUGCAAUGAACCAAAAGGACUUUAGGAGAGCAAAGCAGCGAAUCAAAGAAGAUAUUAGGUUCCUGAAAGAGAAACAGGAAAAAAUUGACAAGGAGCUUGACAGGCUCCAAGCAAAGGCUUCCAAAAACAUCCAAGAAGUCAAAGUAGAGUUUGAGAAUUUUAUGCAUAAAAUGCGUGUUGAGGAUAAACUCAAGGAGGAAUUUAGAACAUCAUCAACAUCACUAUCCUCAGAGUCACCACAGUCGCCACAGUCAUCACACUCAUCAUCAUCUUCAUCCACUGCCGUGUCAGAAGACAUCAACGAUGUGGAAGAGGGCUAAGGGGAGCCAGCAGUGGCCACCAUUCAAGAACAACACAUAAAGUUCAGCUGCAUCAGUUUAAUAUAGCAGUAUUCAAUUAAAUGUACCUUUUGCCAUUCAUCUUUAAAAUCUUUAAAUCAAUAA